GCAUAUUUUGAAAACAAUAAUUCUGGGCCAGAUGCUCUCCUUGUUUAUCUGUGGGACUGCUGUUACAAGCCAAUACCUAGCAGAAAAAUACCAAGUGAAUACACCAAUGUUUCAAAGUUUUAUCAACUAUUCUUUGCUGCUUCUAGUUUAUACAACAAUGCUGGCAUUUAGGACUGGCAGCGACAGUCUUUGGCAAAUUUUGAAACAGCGGUGGUGGAAAUACAUUUUUUUGGGACUGGCUGAUGUUGAGGCCAAUUACAUGAUUGUAAAAGCCUACCAAUACACAACCCUCACAAGUGUGCAGCUGCUGGACUGUUUCGGGAUUCCUGUGCUGAUGGCUUUGUCGUGGUUCAUUCUCCGUGCAAGAUACAGGCUGAUCCAUUUUCUUGCUGUUGCCGUCUGUUUGCUGGGUGUAGGAACAAUGGUGGGUGCAGACAUUUUGGCAGGGAGGCAGGACAGCGAAGGUAGUGACGUGGUGAUUGGAGAUGUCUUAGUGCUUCUUGGUGCUUCUUUGUAUGCCAUUUCUAAUGUGAGUGAGGAGUACAUUGUGAAAAAUCUGAGCAGAGUGGAGUUUCUAGGAAUGGUGGGCUUGUUUGGGACUAUUAUCAGCGGUCUACAGCUAGCCAUUGUGGAACGUAGGGAGAUAAUGGCAAUUCAAUGGAACUGGAAAAUUGGAUUGCUGUUCACAGUAUUUGCCCUGUGCAUGUUUGGGCUGUACAGCUUCAUGCCAGUGGUGAUAAAAGUUACCAGUGCAACCUCAGUCAACCUGGGUAUUCUGACUGCAGAUCUCUACAGUCUCUUCUUUGGGCUUUUCCUCUUUUUCUAUAAGUUUUCAGGUCUUUAUAUCCUGUCCUUUGUUAUUAUCAUGGUGGGCUUCAUCCUGUACUGCUCCACUCCAACUCGAACGGCAGAACCCACCGCCUUGCCACAGCCCACCAGCAGUGGCUUGGACAACGCUGCACUAAAGCUCGAGGAGAACGACAGCGAAACUCUGGCCAUAACUGUACAGUUCACAAGAGGAGAAACGGUGGUGGUCAGCACUGAUUAAGGAAAUGGCAGCAUUUCAAAAUAGAGCUUUUAUUUUUACUGCCAAAUUUCCCUCAAAUAUUAAUCUGGAGAAUUGUUCUACUGCCAAGGUAUAUG